AUCAACUCAUUCACAAGCUGAGUGAACGAUAUUUCUAAGGAACUUUCAAGCUCUUUGUGGAUACUCUCUGGAAAAAUGGACCCCUGCGAAUGUGCCAAGACUGGAACUUGCAACUGUGGUGCUACCUGCAAGUGCACUAAUUGCCAGUGUACUACCUGCAAGAAGAGUUGUUGUUCUUGCUGCCCAUCUGGUUGCAGCAAGUGUGCCUCUGGCUGCGUCUGCAAAGGCAAUUCCUGUGGCUCCAGCUGCUGUCAAUGAAGAGGUCAACGUGAUGUUUUCUACAAUGUGAAUCUGUUUGUCUACUCCACGUCUGCGUUUUGCAUCGCAUGAUUGUCUUUUUUUUUUUAUUUUUUAUUACAAGAUGAUAAAUGACCUCUUUGUUCUCAAUCUUGUCUGUUUAAUGUUGCAAAAAUCGUCUAACAAAGGCUAAAGAGGGAAAACGAUGCACUGAUUUGUACUGCUGCAAAUAAGACUAUCACGAGAUGUCUUUAAAAUGAAACUAUUGUACGUUUUUCUGCCAUGUCCUUUGUCUAAAAUAAAUGGUGGUAUUUA